AUGGUUUUUGGAGUAGCAAAAUCUAAUAGACCUCUACCACGAGUAACCUCAAUGCUCCACUCGCAUUUGAUUUCAAAAUCUCCAUUAUACAAAGAUGAUGCAGCAGCCAAAAAUGAAAAUAUGAUAUGGGAGCGAUGA